AUGGCGGGGCUGGGGGGGCACCGGGGGGGGGGGGGGGGGGCGGCGGCGGCCGGGCCCGGGGAGCCCCUCAGGGACCCCCGCGCCGCCGAGCGCUCCCCGUACGCGGGAUGGGCCCACCCCGAGCUCCAGGCCACGCUCGCCGGCAUCGGAGCCCCCGCGCAGGGGACCCGUGAGGAGCUGCUGGAGCGACUCCAGGCCUACACCCUGCAGACUGGGAUCGUGCUGAGCCGCCCUGCCCUGCGCCCCGAGGAGGGGGACAAGGCCCCGCCCCCCCAGCUGCCCCCAGCGCUGCCCCUGCAGCACCCCCUGCCCGCGGGGCUGUCGGAGGAGGAGCGGCUGACGCUGGCCCAGCAACAGGCGGCACUGCUGCUGCAGGAGGAGCGGGCCCAGGGCCAGCACCCGUUCGGGGACAAGGCCAAGGAGCAGGAGCUGCUGGAGCAGCAGAAACGGGUGAGGGGGGGCUCCCCUGGGUGCAGCCCCAUGGGAGCCCCCCUGGCCAUGGGAGCCCCCCGGCCCCGCGGGCCCCCCCCGCCCCCUGGUGACGACAGCAGAGAGGCCGAGGACUCCGGGGUGGGCCCCAAAAUCCCUCAGGCGCUGGAGAAGAUCCUGCAGCUCAAGGAGAGCCGGCAGGAGGAGCUGGUGACGGUCCCGGGGGUCUCAGCCGAGGACGAGAUGGAGACGGAGCUCCGGGCGUCGGCGUCGGCCUCCGAGGCUGAGGAGGACACGGGGACAUCCAAGAAGGAGCGGAACCGGAAGCGCCGCAACCGCAAGAAGAAGAAGCGGGGGAGGGGCGGUGCCCGUGAGGGGCCCCCUCCCCCCACCCCCGGCCGGGGGGACCCCGAGCCCCCCCCCGGGGACCCCCCCGAGGUGGAGAUCGAGUACGUGAGCGAGGAGCCCGAGAUCUACGACCCCAACUUCGUCUUCUUCAAGAGGAUCUUCGAGGCCUUCAAGCUGACGGACGAGGUGAAGAAGGACAAGGAGAAGGAGCCGGAGCGGGCGGAACGAGCCGAGAGCGCCGGGGCCCCCCGGAAAAAGGGACCCGAGGACGGCACCAGGGGCAGCGAUGGGGACAGCUCUGAGGACGAGCAGGAGAAGAAGCAGGAGGUCCCCAAGCUGUCCAAGAAGAAGCUGCGGCGCAUGAACAGGUUCACGGUGGCCGAGCUGAAGCAGCUGGUGGCCCGCCCCGACGUGGUGGAGAUGCACGACGUGACGGCGCAGGACCCCAAGCUGCUGGUGCACCUGAAGGCCACGCGGAACUCGGUGCCGGUGCCGCGGCACUGGUGCUUCAAGAGGAAAUACCUGCAGGGCAAGAGGGGCAUCGAGAAACCGCCCUUCGAGCUGCCCGAGUUCAUCAAGCGCACCGGCAUCCAGGAGAUGAGAGAGGCCCUGCAGGAGAAGGAGGAGCAGAAGACGAUGAAGUCCAAGAUGCGCGAGAAGGUUCGGCCCAAGAUGGGCAAGAUCGACAUCGACUACCAGAAGCUGCACGACGCCUUCUUCAAGUGGCAGACCAAGCCCAAGCUGACCAUCCACGGGGACCUCUACUACGAGGGGAAGGAGUUUGAGACGCGGCUCAAGGAGAAGAAGCCGGGAGAUCUCUCGGACGAGCUGCGGAUCGCGCUGGGCAUGCCCGUGGGGCCGGUAUGGGGCACCCCAAAUCCACCCCAAACCCACCUCAAAUCCACCCCAAAUCCCCCCAAAUCCACCCCAAAUCCACCCCUUGGGGGGUCCCUGACCCCGCUGCCCCCCCAGGGCUGCUCUUUCGGGUACCACGCCGGGGGCUGGGGGAAGCCCCCCGUGGACGAGACGGGGAAGCCGCUCUACGGAGACGUGUUCGGCACCAACGCCGCCGAGUUCCAGACCAAGGAGGAGGAGGAGGAGAUCGACCGCACGCCCUGGGGGGAGCUGGAGCCCUCGGACGAGGAAUCCUCGGAGGAGGAGGAGGAGGAGGAGAGCGAUGAAGAGAAACCCGACGAGACCGGGUUCAUCACCCCUGCUGACAGGAGCGAGACCCCCCAGCUGUUCACGGUGGUCCCCGAGAAGCGAACGGCGACCGUGGGCACGGCCAUGAUGGGCUCCACACACAUCUACGACAUGUCCGCGGUGAUGGGGCGCAAGGGCCCGGUGGCCGAGGCUCAGGGCGUGGAGGUGGCGCUGGCCCCCGAGGAGCUGGAGCUGGACCCCACGGCCAUGACGCAGAAGUACGAGGAGCACGUGCGGGAGCAGCAGGCGCAGGUGGAGAAGGAGGAUUUCAGUGACAUGGUGGCCGAGCACGCCGCCAAGCAGAAGCAGAAGAAGAGGAAGGCUCAGCCCCAGGACGCCCGCGGGGGGGGCAAGAAGUACAAGGAGUUCAAGUUUUAGAUGUCACCGCUGUCCCCUCGCUGUCCCCUCGCUGUCACCUCCCUGUCACCUCCCUGUCACCCCCUCCAGCACCACCCCGGUGUCACCCGGCGCCGCUCUGGCUGUGGGGACAGCGCGGUGGCAGUGUCCUGGCACUGUCCCCUGGCACUGUCCCCAGCAGUGUCCCCAACAGUGUCCCCAACAUUGUCCCCAACAUUGUCCCCAACAUUGUCCCCGUUGUUUUGUAAAUAAAAGGUGGUGUCCCCACCGCACCCCG